GCUGGCACCUCGGGGACACACCUCCGGCGAAGCGGAGCCGGGGGCUGGGGCUUUCCCUUUUUAGCUUCCUGGCUCACCCUGUGCCAGCCGCACUGCAGCGAAGGCGUCCGGCAACCCCUCCGCUGCGAUGGAGCGGACUCCAAACCUGCUUCUCUUCUGCAUCUUCACCUUUGCCAUGGUCCUGGUCCCAGAAGCAAAGGACCAAAGCAAGGGAGCGAAGGGAAGGAGAAGGGGGCCAGCACGGUCCCCCACAGCUGCCUCUGCCCUGGCCUGGGCCCCGGAUGACACCUACACCCCCAUGGAGGACUACGAGCGGAGCAUCCAGGACAUGGUGCGCCAGCUCAAGAACAGCUCCGAGCCGGGCGACACCAAGUGCCAGGUCAACCUGAGGCUCUGGAGGUCCAACCAGAGAAGCUUGUCCCCCUGGGCCUACAGCAUAAACCAUGAUGCAACACGGAUCCCAGCAGACAUCCCUGAGGCCCGAUGCCUCUGCACUGGCUGCAUCAACCCCUUCACAAUGCAGGAGGAUCGCACCAUGGCCAGCAUUCCCAUCUACAGCCGGCUGCCUGUCCGUCGGCUGCUCUGCCAGGUGCCGGGUGAGGUGGGGCACAAGCCCUCCAUAAAGAAGUGUCAGAAGAAGUACCAGACAGUCAUGGAGACCAUCGCUGUGGGCUGCACCUGCAUCUUCUGAGGUUGCAGAGCUAAACCCUACAGCCUGCAGGCACCCACGGGCAACUAACCAGCUUGCUCUUGCUUCCCAGGUCUGCCCAGUCUUCUGGGAGAGGGUUGUCAGACUGUUAGGGCAAGGAGAGCCUCUCAGCAAGGAGACUGCAGCUGCCUAGACCCAAGAGCUCCCUGCAAUUCCCUUGCAGACUCCAUCAGCCUCAUUCCAAGCAGCCACUUUGGGGGCACCCAGCACUGGGGCAGCCCCUCCAAGUAACCCAGCUAUGCAGUCCCACAUCUGGCCUUGCAGUGAGACAUAGCCCCGAGUCCUAUAACCUACAGGGUGGGUGCGCAGCAGGGAGGGGCAUGGGGACAGCGAGGAGCAGAGAGGAAGGCAGCUACCCCCAGGUCCCUCUGGCUGGGUAGGAGCAGGCCUCCUGCCUCUCUAAAGUGCCCAUUUGCCUUCAUUCACUCCACUGGUGCAACAGCACCUGAAGUGUCCAGUCCUUCCCAGCUCUCCCAAGCCCUCCUUCACCCACAUACAAGCUCUUUUAUGCUGGACCAGGCAGCACAGGGGAAAGAGGGAGCAGAUCAUGAUUUGGGCCCAAAAAGCUACCUCUGGCACACAAGGCUGCUGUAGAAGCACAAAGGGUGCUGGAGACAGGUCCCCUUUCACACGGGCAGCGUUCCAGGUCCUCGCAGCUGAGCCCACGCUUCCCUGGCUUAGCUGUGCUGAGGAGGGGGCAGAAGGGGCGAGUUGGGUCUGCCCUGCUGCCAGGCUGGGUGCACCGCUUGGGAGCUUUAUUGGGAAGGGCAGAAGCAAUACCGUGUCCUAGUGCCUGGCAGAGGAGCACAGCAUGGGGAGAGCAGGGGGCUGCUGAUCCCCUCGGGAGGUUGGGACAGCUUUUGAGUUCCUCAAUAAAAUGCAUCA